AUGCUUACCUUAACACUUACUGCAGACCUUUCCGGCGUGAAUGAGCUUGUCCCCGAUGACAGCGCAGAGAAGAAUUUCUGGUAUACCUUCAAAGUACAAUGUGUAUCAUGCCGAGAAACUCAUCCAAACUUCAUAAACAUCAACAGAUUUGAAGCAAAUGAGAUGAGCGGUAGCAGAGGAGAGGCGAACUUUGUAUGGAAAUGCAAGUUUUGCAAGAAAGAAUCAUCUGCAUCAGUCAUAUCGACACCCGUUCCAUAUCAAGCAGCUUCUCCACCUACCCGUCAGAAGAUCCUAGAAUUUGACUGUCGAGGUCUUGAACUGGUGGAAUUUAAACCAGAAGGAGAUUGGUUGGCUGUUGGAACAGAAAGUGGUACUAAGUUUACUGCUAUUGAUUUAAAUGAUGGGGAAUGGUAUGAUUAUGAUGAUAAAGCAGGAGAGGAAUUCGUACCAAUUAACCCCCGUCCGUUUCUCCAAAACCUCGUCAACGAAGAAGUAAUAAUCCGCCUCAAAUGGGGCGGCCAAACCGAAUAUAAAGGCAAGCUCGUCAGUAUCGACAGCUACAUGAAUAUCCAAUUAUCCGGCGCCGAGGAAUGGAUUGAUUCGGAAAUGACGAAUGUAACAAUGUCCUCUAUAUAUCAGCCGCCCAACCCAAGAAAGAAGGAGAUGAUGUGA